GGGCGGAGCGAGGCGGGAAGCGAAAGGGCGGCGGAGCGGGAAGUCCCUGGAGCGGCGCGGCCAUGGAGACGGCGCCGGCGGGACCCCAGCCCGACCCCGGCCCCUCGCCCUCCGAUCUCCACGCCGUGCCCAUGGUAGCGCUCAACUACGGCGUGAGGCGCCGCCUCGGCCUCUACCUCAACCCGCGGGCGGCGGCGGCCGCCGACUGGACGGCGCUGGCGGAGGAGCUGGGCUGCGAGUACCUGGAGAUCCGGCGGCUGGAGGGGCAGCCCGACCCCACCGCCGCCCUGCUGGAGGACUGGCAGUGCCGCUGCCCCGGCGGAGCCACCGUCGGACGCCUCCUCGACCUCCUGCGACGCCUGGGCCGGCACGAUGUUCUCCUCGACCUGGCCGACAGCGUGGAGGAGGACUGUAAGAAGUACUUGCAGAGGAAGCAGCAACAGGCCGACCAGCCUCUUCAGGUGCCAGCUGUAGACAGCAGCGUGCCCAGGACGUCAGAACUGAUGGGCAUCACCACCCGGGACGAUCCCUACGGGAACGGAACGGAGAUGUUUGAUGCCUUCAUCUGCUACUGUCAGAAAGACCUUCAGUUUGUCCAGGAGAUGAUCAGGGAGCUGGAACAGACCGAGUUCAAACUGAAGCUCUGUGUGUUUGAUCGCGAUGUCUUGCCAGGGACGUGUGUGUGGUCCAUCAGCGGAGAACUUAUUGAGAGGAGGUGUCGGAGGAUGGUGGUCGUCAUUUCAGAUGAUUACCUGGAAAGCGAUGAAUGUGAUUUUCAGACCAAAUUUGCUCUUAGUCUUUCCCCAGGUGCUCGUCUCAAACGGCUCAUUCCAGUCAAGUGCAAAACCAUGAAGAACGAGUUUCCAAGUAUCUUACGGUUCAUCACGAUUUGCGAUUACACCAAUCCCUGCACCAAAAAAUGGUUCUGGACGAGACUUGCAAAAUCCCUCAUGCUGCCGUGAUGUGGUGUCAUGGGAGCUCAGGGCUUUUUUUGUGACCUGUCCUGGCCGUGCCUUCGGACCGUGGUGUCGUUCACACAGGGUUCUUUUACUGCUUCACAGCCCGGAUCCUUGCAAUCCCUGUUUGGAGCCUGCGACCAGAAGCAAAUAGCACUUUUUUAUAUCUCGGAAGGGGAAAUAAAACAACUGUGUGAGUGUUCCUGUUCAUGUCAGUGAGCAACAGCAUCCAGCGUUUUGUGGAGUAAGCACUUUGAUUGAAAAUAUAGAAAAUACGCAUUUAAAGACUGAGUGUCUAAUAAAAGAAGGCUCUGUUGUAAGCAUUUAAUAAGAUCUCAGACCUGAAACCGCAAGCUUUCUUAAACAAUUUUCUACUAUUUUAAAAGCUGCUAAAUGGCUUAUAGUAGUGCCUAAGGUUGUUGGUGUGUUUUUUAAAAUUCCAGUGGAACCCCCUGGCUGCCUGGUGAUCUGCAGGAACUGAAGUUUCAGACCCUCUUCCCUGCUUUGUGAACACUCAGUGCCAUGAGAAUGACUUCUUUUUGGCAGCCCUGUCCCUGUCAGGAUGGUGUCCCCUGCCCAGCCCUGCUGUUGGGCAGCCCAGGGGGAUGCCUGUGGGGUCUCCUCGGCCCACGCUCCUUUUCCUUUGGUCUUGGUUUUGAGAAAAGCAGAAGCAUAUUUUAAUUGUUAAAGCACUGCAAAAACUCGAAUGAUUUUCCUUUUAUCCUUAGCAACAUCUGCAAAAUUAGAGUAAUUAUCCUUGUAAUUAUAACUAAUGCAGAGUUACUGACCUUGGUUUAUUUGGUGGAUGUUUUCCUCCUUGUUAUACCACAAUAUUCCUGUCCCGUGUUCAUUCAAAAGGUAAAUCCCUUGUCACUAGUAUUUUCUGAGGCAGUCCCUCGGAUUUUCUGACGUUAUUUUUUGCUCGUUGAAAGCAAGAAGUGUAAGGAAAGACACACUCGACACACUCUGGUACCAUGCUGGGUCAUGUCUGUCAUAUUAAAUGUUUACAAUAGAGCCAUUCUUUAGUAGAAAUUUAGUCUUAAAAUAUGUAUUUUCAGUGAAAGUCCUUACUACCCAAAGUGCGGAUGCUGUUGCUCGUUGAGUUGACCAGGAACAGAGCUGAGCACUUAUGUGGGUCCAGAUCUAAAAUUGUUUCACUUUUAAGAGCUUUCUAAAACAUGUUGGCUUUUGGGAUGUUUCCCAAAGGUACAGGGAUAAAUAUUGACUAAAGAGUGUAUUAAACUGCCAAUUGGGGUAUUAAAAAUACAAAGGUUAAUGUUACUUUAAUAGGAAAGGGCAUGUUUUAAUUAACCACCACAAUCAUUAAUAUAUUCCUGUAACAUUGAUAUUUCUGUGCUUAGCCUUGAACUCUGCAGCGUGAGCAGUGGGUCUCCUCAGCUCUCAGUGCUUGGGGUGGGAAGUGGGUUCUGCUCAAAGUAGCAUUUUAAAGCAACCCGUUGGUGUAUUAAACAGAUUUACAGUAAAUACUUAUUUUUUUUUAAAUUGGGAAGAGAGGAAUCCUGCUUAGUAUCUGCAGCUGCUUGAACUCUGCCACUUUGUUCAUUGCUUCAGCCACUGCCUCGUGUUGAUUUUACAGCUUAAUGUUUUACUAGUUUACAUUUGCAUCUGGAUGUGAUUUUUUUAUUUUAUUUUUUUCAAUUGGAUUUGUUUUAAGGCAUUAUCAGGGCUGAGGGGCAGAGAGAAGGGGGUGCUCCUGCCUUUCCCUCACCCAGCGUGUCAAUGAACUUACUGGGGGUGCUGCAAAGUCCUCUCCAGGUGCUGGUUCCUUCUGGCUGAGAGUGGCCAAGCCCUUGACCUGCUCACACUGAAGCUCGUUCAUGCACCUCUCGUUUAGCUUCAGGGGCUGUUUUCGGAUAGGCCCAUGAGCUGGGUGUUUUUCAGUCCCUCCUACAAAUAUAACUGCUGCCAUCGUGCCGAGGUGACAAUGGCACCUCUCCAUCUUGCCAGAAGAAGUGAGAAGUCUGUGGGCACGGGAGGAAAAAAGUUAAGCUGAUGAGGGGUUUCUAAACGUCUGGAUUUCAUGUCGUGUUGCCCUCGGGCCUCUCCUGCAGAAGUGGAGACAGCUGCUUGCCUCGGGCUUUCUGCAUAAUCGUUAAAUGUUAAUUAUAGAAGAGUUUCUGGAGGCUGCUUGAUCCCCAGGCGCUCCUGGGGCUUGGUGAAUUCUAACUCUGGAGUGUCUAUAAACAUUAAUUAUGGGUCAUUACUCGCAGGACUAAACCAGAUUCCUCCUGUUUGAGGAGCUGGAAGGGCUCUGGUAACUAAGGUGGGGAGCGGAGGCUGCGCUGCAGACGCUAGAGGGAGGCAAUGGCCCACGCUGGCACCUGGAGGAUCCUGCACGGGUGGGAUGCAGGAGAGGUGGCAGGGAUGGAGAAAAGGAGUGGGUUCUCUUCUGCUGCCCCUCGCACCUUCUUCUAAGGAGGCUGUACCAAAAAUAGGGAGAAUUUUGUCAGAGUUAGGUUGAUGGUUGGACUAGAUGAUCUGAAAGGUCCCUUCCAACCUAGAUGAUUCUAUGAUUGAACCUCAUGUGGUGUCUUCUGUGCGAGUCCUGAUGGGUGUUGCAAAUGAUAUAAAAACGAUAGCAGCAAAAUUAAUGUUGGUAGCAGAUGACCUGGUGAUGGCCGAGGGAAGGUGCUGCUGCUGCACAGGAAAGCCAAACCAAAAGUUGAAUUUCUAAACCUCCUGUCUGCCAGUAGAUAAAUCCAACAUUCCAAAUAAUUGUAAAAGAUGUCGGUGCUUUGUCGGGAUCUCGUCGUCACCCAGCUCUCCGUGCCCUGGCCCUUCUGUCUCCUGGCUCAGAUGCCAUCAAGUAUUACUGUGGUCGGACAGUUGCUUUACUGCAAACAGUUCCAGUUGGAAACAAUGAUUAUUUUGGGGCAAAGCGAGGUAAUGGCCCUAAAAUCUAGAAUAUGUGCUUUAAAUACGUAUCCUUUUCUAUGUUAAAAAAACCAAACCAGUUUAUGCACUUCUGGCAUUUUCAUAUCUUUCUUGUCACGGUGACUUUAUGAAGUGUGACAUCUAUGAAUGAUCCAAAAACUGAAUGGUAGGAAACACGUCUCGGUGGCGGUUGUGGUUGUGGUUCUCCUCCUCUCUUUCACACUCAGUGGAAGGUCAACAUUUUGAACACCUUUAAAAAAGGGAUUUACACAAGUGUGAUGUUACAUUUCUUGUUUCCAUUUUGUUUCUUUCCCUCACUGAGAUUGUCCUAGUUGAAUCUAUCGGUACCAAAUUGUUUAUUUUUAUAUAGAUAUGUCUAUAUUUAUAUUACUUUCUAUCUUGAUACAAACCUUUGGAGAAGCCUGUGUGUUUUUAUAACUAUUCUGCAAAUAGUCAACGGUUCUGUGGAUUUUUCCUCCUCAAAAAACCCCAAACUUUUGCUACUUGUGAAAACAUUUUAAAAUAAAGAAUUUAAACCCAA